UUAUAUUAUAAUUAUAACUUUGAGUAAAUAUAAGAAUUAUAAGAUAGUUUUAGAGAAACAUUAUCUAUCCAAAAUUAUCGAUGUAAAAAUUGAAUACCUAUUUCCUAUUGUCUAACAACAACAACAAGGUAUACUGGCUAAACAUGCAGUGAUAUUUUUCAACAUGAAUGUAGAAUGUAUAAAAGUCCAAUUUUGUUCAGCUAAUAUGUUCUACAGCAUGUUUUCCUUGCCAAGACAUCUCAUCUGUCAAAUUUGCAUACUCUGCCGCUGGUUUCUAGCGUCCAUGAAAUAAAUAGAAACCAGCGGCAGCGUCUCAAGAAAAUGUAGUGGAGGAAAAAGUUUAGACCGUCUCAGCUUUUUAGCGUACCACAAAAUUCAAUUAACGGAACAUUUUCCCCCACUACAUUUUCUUGACGCUGCUGCUGGUUUCUAGCGUUCAUGAAAUUGCACCUGAACGGACCCAAAGUUUCCGUUGAGCGGAAGAGAGAGAGAGAGAGCUACAUGAUAGAAAGAAAAAGAAGAUGGCAGAUGUGCGUGGAAUGACCUGCGUGACCGUCCAGGCGCUCGCUGCGUAUGGAAGGAAAGGUCGGGAUGGAUCGGAUAGAUCGAGGAUAGUCGAGGUCUUUUCUCGCCUAGCUGUUGAAGAGUGCGGACGUACAGUCGAGUGCGGUCUUAGAGUAUUCUAGAUAGCAGAGAAAAUAUGGCAUCCAAUUACCAAACAUUAUAUGGUGAGAGUUGUGGUCGAUAUCCUUAUAUCGGCAGAAAAUCCGUGGGAGAAGAGGAUAUUAGAGUUGACUUCAUCUAUCAAUUUGUGAAGAAAAGAUACGUUAAAAUCCACUCUAAUUGCAGUGUAUUUUAUACUGCCCCUGACAUAAUUGGACCACCCAAAUUUUCAAACUAUGAAGAACCAUUUCAGAAAUUGAAUCGAUGGAAUAAUGAUAUCGACAUUUCAAUAACUCCGUGGCAAUACCAAGAAUCCAUGAUAACUUAUCAUAGUAUACCAUGGCCGCCAUGGCAUCAACCGAACGGACAUAAUUACAUUGAUAUCGAGUUUCAUGAAGCUGUAUAUCCAAUCAGAGUUUCUAUAUACGAAAUGUCACGAAACAAUCCUGGAGACGUAAUUCAAAUUUCGGCUCAAGAUGAUUCUAAUAAUGAGUGGUUUAAAUUGUGGGAAACUGAUUAUAAGUCUGAGAUUGUACCCCCGACAUCAAGAUUAUUUUCUCCACCCUUAUCACACCCGCGUGACUUUAAAACAAAAAUGCUAAGACUAUUUUUUAAAAAACAGAGCUACAGCUACAGAGCUACAGCUUUCGGUGAAAUACCUGCUUACACAAAGGUAGAUGCUGUGAUGCUUAUCGGUACAUCAGAGUUGGUUCGUCCUAGAAAUUAUAAGAAGAGUUUAACUAAUCUGUUAAAGGAAAUUAACUGCAUGUACUUUCCACACCAUGAGGAUAUUCAUAAUUUAACAGCAGAUUUCAAAAAUGCACACUUGGAUAUAGAUUAUCUGCAACGACAUUUUUCUGAAUAUUGCAUUAUAAUGGAAUAUUGUAAGGAUGGAAGCUACAUAAGAAGGGUUUCUAAGGGGAGUAUUUUGAGAGAGAAUUUGAUGCACAAAAAUGUAUCUCUGGAGAUAAUUCGUCAUUCGAAUUGUGCAAAACGUAUAAUACUCUCUUCGGAUGAAUCCAAGGAGCUAUCACGUUGCAAUAUAUCUGACUUUCCUGAUGAAAUACUACUAAUAAUAUUAAAAAACUUGGAUCUGAUGACGUUAUGCCGCUUGAAUUAUGUAAACAAACGCUUCAAUGAAUUGAUACGAGACCCUCAUCUUUAUACACGUUUGAAUAUACACUAUCCAGUUGCCGCAGAGUAUAUUGCCCAAGCCCAAAAUAUCGCAAGACGCAUGAGCAAUAUAUUAUGUUACUUUACAUCUAGAUGUAAAUAUUUGCAGCAGUUAGAUCUUACAAAAAGCACGUUUGAUGUUGAGGAUUUUACAAACUUUCUUGACAAUUGUGGCAGGCGGUUAACGCACUUAAGAUUAAAAUACUGCCGUUCUAUCAAUAAUCUUGCCCUACUUAAAAUUUCAGAGAUAUGUGUAAAUUUGAAAGAAUUAAAUCUAGAUUGUUGUGAUGGCAUAAAGGACGAAGGAUUUUCGUAUCUCGAGAAAUUAAAUGGUUUGGAACAUUUAAGCCUUCGUCGUACACUUAUAACAGCUGAACGUUUUUACAAAAUACUACAAAAAAAUCAACGGAUGCGUUUUUUUAUUUUCCCUACAACCGCAACCGAGACCGCAACACAGUUUAUGAGAUUGUGUCCUAACUUGGAAGUAAUACGUUUAGACAACUGUAUUAAUUAUACAUCGCAGGAUAUUGACGUUCUCGCUGACU